AUGGGGAGCUACUUCUCAUCCUCAGCUCUUCCCAAAAGGCCGGAGAGCGCAAAUGUGGCCACAGAGACAGAGUGGGGCUGCCCCAUCUGCUGCGGUGCUCAAGAUGAUGUUGCUUAUGUGAUGCCCUGUUUCCACCAAUUUUGCGUGAGCUGCAUCGUGCGGUGGAUGCAGGAGACACCAGUGUGCCCACUCUGCAGAAGACCGAUACAGAGUGCCAGGUUUUCUGUGCUGGGAGAAGACGACUAUCUAGAAUGGGUCGCCACAGACCCUGAAGACUCACCAGAUGCCAGCAGCCAGUCAGGAAAUACCUCUGGCCACCUGGCUGAAAACAGCCCCCAUCGCCCUGUGGUGUCCCCUCCAUCCUCUCCGCAGGGGAUACUGUCACCAGCUGAGCAGGGGGCUGCAGGGCCUGAGGCCGUGGGUGGCCUCCUCCUCGAGGUCUGGGCAGCACUUUUCCAACGACAACAGUGUCUCCUCGAUCCCGUGCUGCCCUGGCUGCACCAGGAGCUGGAGGCAAUAUAUGGGGCCCAGUGGUGGCUGGCAAAGAGAGUGGAGAGCAUCAUCCUGCACGCCCUCUGCCUCUACGGUCCAGAUGGGGAGGUCAUGGUCCAGACGCUGCAGCCUGUGCUUGACGAAUACGCAGCACCACUGGUCCAUGGCCUCAUCGAUGUCAUCAUGCACCGGUGCAGCGAGGAGGCCUGGAGGCUGCAGCGAUCCCAUGCUACCAGGGAGGAGGAGAACAGCCCUGCGGCCAGCUCCAGCCACACCAGCCCCAGCCACACCAGCUCCCAGGAGAGGACUACCACCCCAGAAACAGCCUCCUCCAGCAGUCCUACAAGCUCCAACAGAGAGGAGGAAGCUGGCAUCUCGGAGGCCGCCCUGCAUGGGUGUUGCGGCCACCCCCCAUCUGCGCCCGCCCCUGCAGAGCAGGAGCAGCCCCAGGAGCAUCCGGGGGAGGUGGUGACAGCAGCAGGUCCCUCUGCCCGGGGCUGCAGCUGCAGCCCCUCCGCUCCUGGCCGGGGCAGGAACCGCUCAUCCAGGGGACACCGGCGUCCCCCAAAGAGGAGGGCCCCCAGCCCACAGGACUCCCCCCAGCCCUGCAAGAGGCCGCGCCGCCGGCGGCACUAG